CACAUGCAAGGAGAGCUUCGCUACCCGGGAGGCUCUGGAGGAGCACAAGACGCGGCAUUUCAGCCACCGCUGUGAGCUGCGCAGCUUUGCGGCCAAGGAGCGGCAGCAGCUGGUGUGGCAUUACGUGGAGACCCACGAGCCCUCUGCCCCACAGGACAAAGCCCUGCGGUGCCCCUUCUGCGACUUCACCUGCUGCCACCAGCUCGUCUUCGACCAGCAUGUGAAGGGCCACGGCGGCACCCGCAUCUACAAGUGCUUGGACUGUGAGUACACCACCAAGAACAGGCAGAAGAUCACGUGGCACAUCCGCAUCCACACUGGCGAGAAGCCCUACAAGUGCCACCUCUGCAAAUACGCCUGUGCCGACCCCUCGCGUCUCAAGUCUGCCAGGCAAGCGAACAGCCCUCCUCGCCCCGUGCCGUUAGAGAUGCCAGAGCUGUCUGUGAGCCCCUCACUGGCACCCCAGAGCACCCUGCGCGUUCCCAGGGCAGGGGACGCAGCCUCAUCCUGA